AGUCUCUCACGAACUUCACUCCUACGACGACGACGACGACGUCCCGAAACACCUAUCUCAGGCGUGCAUUCACACACGUGGAGAUAUAAAAGCGCGGCUCCGUCCGAGGUGUCGCUUAGACGAAGGAGAGGAGGAAGCAGUUGGUUGUAAGACCGUUGCGUCGACUCGGCAGCCUCUAGUGCACUUUCUCACCGUCCGUCGAACCGCAGCCAUGCGUCUUCUGGUUUUGACCUGUUUGGUUGCCAUCGCCUGUGGCCAAGAUGACCUCUACUUCCGCAAGCCGGAGAAGAUCAUCAAAGCUUCCAACGACGUGGGCGAAAAGCUCGGUAACUAUGCUUUUACCUACGAAACUGAGGGAGGAAUCCUCCAAAGCGAGGUCGGCAAGCGCAAGUACGAGGGCACCGACUCCGAGACUCAACUGAUCCAGGGAUCGGUUCAGUAUAACGCUCCCGAUGGCACCCCCAUCGCCAUCAGCUGGACCGCCGAUGAGUUCGGUGCCCAGGUCUCUGGAACCCAUCUGCCCACUCCACCCCCAAUCCCACCAGAGAUCCAGAGGGCUCUCGACUGGAUCGCCAAGCAGCCCACCACUGAGGAGCCCGAUUAUAAUGAUCCCGCUCCAUCGACCUCCGCCAAGCCCAUCACGCUGAAGAAGCAAGCUUUCAACAAGCCUCUGCCUCUCAAGAGGCAACAGUUCUAAGGGGCUGGUUGGGGUGAAUUGAGCAGGACUGGAUGUUUGUUGAGGGACGGGAGUUUGCUUGCUUGAGAGUGUGGUUGGUCGUUUGUUUGCUGUUGAUGAUAAAAUUUCUUGUUUACGUCGAGCUCAAUUGCGAUUUGAUACAUCAAUAUUCCUUGUAAGAAUCUCGAAUAUAAGUUCGCCUUUGAUGCGAAGAAUAUUGGAGGAAAUUUAUUGUUUUUGUAGCAACGUACUAUUACAAAUAAUGUGUGGUUUGUUUGAUUGGCCAUGAAUAUGAACUCCUGUCGGAUCAGCAAACCGAGUUCUGUUGUCCAACAAUUCACUGAAUUAGAUAUUAACUAGUGUGAUAGAUUAUAUAUAUUUUUUUAAAAGAGUUUUUAUAUUGUUUAUAAUUUUACAUCGAUUACAUUGAACCUAUCCAACGAACAUAACACAAAAUAGAUGUAACAAACUUAGAUGAUUACAUGCCAAAUAUAAUUAUGUAGAUUUUUACAAUCACCUUCAUAUUUUUGACAUACAUACGGCUUGCAUAUUCAAUAACAUGACAGCACUUAUGUAGUGAAUAAAGAAAUAUAGAUUAAUUUUUUUAAAACGUUAA